AUGUUUGAGGUUACAGACGGAAAAAGUCUAAGAGGUUGGAUCGCCAUCCUGGGGGCCCUCUGGCUCCUAGUUCUGGCCGACGUCCAGGACUUUGAGAUCAUCCUGCACCGGGUGGAGUGGGCCACUCUGCUGUUCUUCGCAGGCCUCUUUGUUUUAAUGGAGGCUUUAGCCCAGCUGCAGCUUAUCGACUAUAUUGGAGAGCAGACGGCGCUGCUGAUAAAAGCGGUGCCAGAGGACCAGCGCCUGGCUGUGGCCAUCAUCUUGGUGUUGUGGGUUUCCGCUCUGGCUUCUUCUCUCAUUGACAACAUUCCCUUCACUGCCACCAUGAUCCCAGUUCUCAUCAACCUGAGUCAGGAUGCGGACGUCAACCUCCCUGUGAAGCCUCUCAUCUUUGCCUUGGCGAUGGGGGCCUGCCUCGGUGGAAACGGCACGUUGAUCGGAGCGUCAGCCAACGUCGUGUGUGCAGGCAUCGCCGAGCAACAUGGAUACGGUUUUUCCUUUGUGGAGUUUUUCAACCUGGGCUUCCCCAUGAUGGUGAUGACGUCCCUGGUCGCCAUGUGCUACCUGCUGGCCACACACAUCGGCCUGGGAUGGAACAUGUGAAACGCAAAGAGACGGAGUGUGUUGGAACACAUGCGUGUACGUUUAUGUACGUGCGUGUUUGUGUAGCCACACACACACGUCCACUGAUAGAAUACAAAAGCUGAUGAUGAUGCAUGGAAAACUGUGCCGCUCAAGGCACAUUGGAGUAGUUCUGUUCUUUUAUUGAGAAUUUGACUUUUUGGAGAAAAAAAUAGCUUCUGUUUGGACAAAAGUUCCUUCUUGUUUGGGAUACUGUGUAUUUGUACUGAUUUUUGGAAAUAUUUUUCAUACUUUGCUAUUUUGUUAUGAUGCAUAACCAUAGUAACAGGGUGUUUUCUGACAGACAGCAAACAAUGCUACCUAUGGACAGAAUGGCUUAGACUGAAAAACACAGCACAGGAGCUGUGUUUUCCGGGGUGUGUUCAGCUGCCGGUGCUUUCCAAAAGGAGAUCUCCUUAUUGAGUUCAGAGAGGAAGUCAUAAAUAUAAAGGAACAUGAAAACCGAUUGAACGUUUACCAUGAUCCACUCAAGGUUUUUAUGUUUGAUUUCAAGUUCAGUGGACAACAGCUUUGAUUUCCAAAGAUGAACUAUCAAGCUGGUGACAUGAAUGCAUGUGGAUCCAGUUCAACCAACCCUCUAGAGAACUGAAGCAUGAGAUCCUGGUCUGGAGGCAAACGGCUCAGCGCAUUAACCCGGCCAGCCGGGAGGAGACAGCUGUGAAAUGCCUUCUGAUGCAAAAAGUGCUCAACCUGGAAAAUCUGCUCCGCAAGAUGAUGAAAACCUUCCAGAGACAAAUUUCUCAGGAGGAUAAAAACUGGGAACAAAACAUUCAGGAGCUGCAGAAGAAGCACAGAAUAACAGACACGGUUCUGUUGGUGAAGUGUGCCUCCGUCCUUGGUGUGGUGAUCUUCAUGUUCUUUCUCAACUCCUUUGUUCCCAGCAUUCAUCUAGAACUGGGCCCUGGUUGGACACGAUGAUCACGUUGGGUGGAUCUCCGACAGCUGUGGCGGCCCCUCCGAUGUUGGUGAAGAUUACUUCUGCAAUCAGGACAUGUCUGGGGUCUAGAUUAAGCACCUCACACAACCUGCAAAAUCAACACAGAAUGGCACUUGAUUAGAUUGCGUAGAGCAGCGGACGGCAGCGCAGGAAUUGGGGAUAGAAAAAAAAAAAAGGA